AUGUCUGUUACGCGACUACCAGAGCCUCGUGUGGCGGUUGGCCCCGACACUGGGGCUCCGACGACUCGAGCCGGAUUGACUGAGCUGUCAAAGCCUUGCGAUCUUCCUCGGUUCGUGGCCAGGCCGAGGGCCAUAGACAUAGACAGGCAAUGGUACUUUUUGGCAAUUGAUCCCGUUUUGGGCAUGUCAGAGACCCCGGCAGGCCUGACAGACCGGGCAGGCCAGGACAGACUUACCAAAAGCCUAUUCCGGGCAUCCGAAAUGGCCAAAGGGGCACAUCAGGAGGUGUGGCCAGUAGAUGGUCGGAUGCACAUGUAA